GUUGACAUCAACACCAAUAGGCCCUUGGAGCCUGAAUCGGAAUUUGUAAUCAAGGUUCAAGACAUCAACGACAAUGAGCCAAAGUUCCUGGAGGGACCAUAUAGGGCCAGUGUCCCUGAGAUGUCACCAGUAGGGACGUAUGUGACACAAGUUACAGCCACAGAUGCAGAUGACCCCACCUAUGGAAACAGUGCUAGAGUGGUAUACAGCAUCCUCCACGGCCAGCCGUACUUCUCUGUUGACCCUAAAACAGGAGUGAUAAAGACAGCCUUGCCCAAUAUGGACAGAGAGGUGAAAGAACAGUACCAGGUAUUAAUUCAGGCCAAGGACAUGGGAGGCCAGCUGGGGGGGCUGGCUGGGACCACCACCGUCAACAUCACCCUCAGCGAUGUGAAUGAUAAUCCGCCCAGGUUCUCCAAAAGCUUCUUUCACCUAAGAGUUCCCGAGUCCUCUGCAGUGGGAUCUGCUGUUGGUAGAAUCAAAGCCCACGACUUGGACAUCGGGAGGAAUGCUGAAGUGGAGUACAUGAUUGUGCCAGGUGACGGAGGAGCCAUGUUUGACAUCACCACCAAUGAACACAACCAAGAGGGGAUCAUCAUUCUCAAAAGGCCGUUGGACUUUGAAACCAAGAAGGCAUACACCUUUAAGGUAGAUGCCUCCAACGCUCAUAUGGACCCAAGAUUUCAAAGCUUUGGGGCCUUCAAAGACACAGCAACAGUAAAGAUUAACGUUUUGGAUGUGGACGAGCCCCCAGUGUUCAAUAAGCCCUCCUAUGUGAUGGAUGUGUAUGAGGAUACACCUGCGGGCACCAUCAUCGGCGCGGUUACGGCACAGGAUUUAGAUGCCAGCAGCAGUCCAGUCAGGUAUUCCAUUGACUGGAAGAGUGACUUGGACAGCUACUUUGACAUUGAUCCGGUGGAGGGAACGAUUUCCACGAACGAACUCCUUGACAGAGAGAGCAUCGCCCAGCACAAUAUCUCCAUCGUGGCGACCAAACUUAAUAGUCCAGUCCUGACCAGCCGGGUGGCCGUCACUGUCCAUGUGUUGGACAUCAACGAGUUCCCCCCUGAACUCGCCAGUCCUUAUGAGACCUUUGUGUGUGAAAAUGGCAAAGUGGGACAGGUGAUUCAAAUAUUCAGUGCAAAAGACCAGGAUCUACCAACUGCUGGACAACUGUUCUCCUUCAAGUCAUCAAAGGAAGAUAUAAAAAACAAGAAUUUCACCAUCCGGGACUUUGGAAACAACACAGCUGGAAUUGUGACAAAGCGGAGUGGCUUCAGACGGCGUUUGCAGGAGAUUUACUUCCUUCCAGUGGUGAUUGAAGAUAAUGGCUACCCACCUAAGAGCAGCACAGGCACUCUGACCAUCCGUGUAUGUGGCUGCGAAUCAGAUGGUUCCCUGCUAACCUGCAGUGCAGAGGCCAUCUUUCUCCCUGUGGGUCUCAGCACAGGAGCUCUGAUCGCCAUCCUUCUAUGUAUUAUCAUCCUGUUAGUGAUUGUGGUCCUAUAUGUGGGCUUAAGACGGCAGAAGAAAAAGGAAACACUAAUGUCAUCCAAAGAGGACAUCCGGGACAACGUGAUCCACUAUGAUGAUGAAGGAGGUGGGGAGGAGGACACUCAUGCAUUUGACAUGGGAACACUUCGUAAUCCCAAGGUUGUCAAGGAGAACCUUUACCGCAGGGAUGUCAAACCUGAGGUAAAGAGAGGUCCCAGGCCUCCUGUCUCACAGGACAGUGCCGACAUCCGAGAUUUUAUCAACCAGCGUCUCAAAGAGCAUGACAUGGACAACUCAGCCCCACCCUACGACUCUCUGGCCACGUAUGCUUAUGAGGGCAACGGCUCUGUGGCAGAGUCGCUCAGCUCCAUUGACUCCCUCGCCAUAGACCUUGAGGAUGACUAUGAUUAUCUCAACGAGUGGGGACCCCGCUUUAAGACACUGGCAGGGAUAUUCGGGGAGCAGUCAGAAACCCAGUCGGACUCAACCACCACAGAGAACACACAUUGAUGUUAUUCACAGACUCCAAAACAAAAAUAUGUAACAAUGUUCUUUUGGUUGAUGACACACAAUGUUUUACCAUUGAUUUCUUUCCAUGUUAUCUGUUUUCAUCUUUUUCCAGCUCACUAUUUCCUAUUUUUUGUGUUUCAUUUUGCCAUGCUCGAUCCCAAAAUUGUAAAAGGCAAAGGAAUAUAUGGUGACACCAUUAGAUGAGCAGCCAUUCAAUUAUCUUUCACUUGAAUGUUGUUUCUUGUCUUAUAUUUUGUUUCCUCUUGGGGAACACGCAUACACAUGGAAAUGUUCUCAUUUCCUAGAACAUCCUUAAAAGUGCCUCAAUAUAAUUGUUCUUUGCUAUGUCAUGCCACAUAUCCAGCGUUGUUCCUUAGAACCCCAUACAUCAAGCUAAUUCAGUCAGCCUACUGUGCUCUGACUGGCUGAGACAUCUACCCAGACCAAUGUCAACUCUGUGAGGACAAUGAAGCGGCCCAAGUUUGGCCAAAGAUCUUUUGAAUGUUAUUUAUUGUUCAAUUUAUUUAUUGGCUGAUUGAGUUUGAUUAGAUUUUUGUGUAUUUAUCUAUUUAUCUCUCAGUCAUCAAUCUGUGUUUUUUUUUAUUUUUGGAGACACUCGAGAUUUUGUAAUCAGUCAAGGCCCACAUGAAAAUGUAUGUUUCUGUUGGGUGGGUCCUGUGAAUAGACUUGUACUAGAGUUGUAAAAAAUACAUUAGGG